AUGCUAGGUAAGAAGGAGAAGAAGGAGUUCUCAGCACAGCAGCACCAGCCAGAUGUAGGCCCAGUGCAUGAAAAAAGCAAAAAGGCCGGAGCGCAUUGCGUAUCUCCACGGACAGUCUCGGAUCGUCCCGUCAUUGUGAGAACUUCUCCUAUCGUCAUCAGCAGGAAAUACUGGAUCCGCCGAGAAGUUUUUCUGCUCGGUUCAUAUUUCGCUACAGGUCGAGAGGCGCAGGGUAUCAUGCCACUAGAUUCUCAUGAGCCCAGUGAACCCGUACCUAAGGGCAAGAUCAGAAAACGUGCCGCGAAAACGUCGCAACGUAUCACAGAUGGCAAGAGUAGUCGCAAACGUCUCAGAAGUGAUGUCCCACAACCCCCUAUUCCUGGAGAUGUCAAGCCGACAAUUCACCAAUUAUCCGCGCUUCAGAACGCCCUGGCUGCGACGCAAGAGCAGUUACAGAAGAUCCAAAAAGACAUAGACGCGAUUACAAGUGGCGGAGGAGGCUCUUCCAUUGCUCUCAAGCAGAAACUUGGUCCUUCAAAAAUGGUCUUGAAGCGUGUGCUGGACAAAAAUGUUAUAGAUCUUACACUAGACGAUUAG